GACAUUAUAUUGACAUUAUCAAUUUCAAUUGGCAUAGAUUGGAAAUCAGAACGCGUAAGACGUACAAAAUUAGCUCUAUCCGAUCACGAACUCGGAGUCGAGCAUCUUACGAAGGGAGAUAUAUGAGUCAGAAUUGAUAUCUCAAGUAAGAACAGUCAUAACGUGCUUCUACAUCUAGCUCACUAUAAGUACUCGAAAUUUCUCAAAUAACGUUCUUGUAACACAAUCAUUUAUUCUUUUCUUGUUGAAACUACCUAUCUUGCCAAAAUCCUUCCGGCUUUCACAAAGUUUUAAAGCAUAUCGACGCUGCAUUUUUCAGCUCAAUCGUUACGGCCUCUACCUCGAAACAAAAUCUUAGCUACUUCAAAAUGCAUAUUCCAUUCACCAACGUCGAUGUAUUUACUCAUACCCGUUACCUAGGUAACGCUCUUGCCGUCAUCCGUCCCCAGUCCCCAAGCACCCUUUCACAAACCCAGAAAUUGCAAAUCGCUAAAGAAUUCAAUCUUUCCGAAGUCGUUUUUCUCCAUCUUCCCGAGUCGAAAGAUUCAAAUCCAAAGGAAUUGGUAGUCGAUAUCUUUACAUCUGCUGCCGAGAUUCCUUUUGCUGGUCAUCCUACCAUUGGAACCACAUUCUUCGUGCUCAAUUAUUUGGGACUGAAGAGUGUGGAGGCUUUAAUCACCAAAGCUGGGAGAAUCCCAAUCUCACUUGAUGCGGACGGAAAAGUGGCGAGGGCCGAAAUCCCACAUAAUGUCCAUGUCCAUGAGAAAAAAUAUGCGUUCAAAGACUUUAACACAGGGGAAGAAACGCAAUAUCCUAUCGUCUCGAUAGUUAACGGAAUGACGUUCGUGCUCGUUAGUCUUCCUUCUCUGGAACAUCUAGCACGAGUGGCAGAAAUCAAAAAUCUAAACCCAAGUACGUAUAAUACGGAACAUUUGGAUGAAGGGUGGAGGAAUGGCUUGUGUACGACCAUGUAUUAUGUGCAUGUUGGGGAAGAUCAGGGCAGGAAAAGAUAUAGAACGAGAAUGUUUGGAACGAGAGAAGAUCCUGGGACAGGAAGUGCUAGUUGUGCGUUGGCUUGUUAUUUGACGAGGAAGGAGGAAGGGAAGGGAGUCAAGGAAGUGAAGUUUGGGUUUGAACAGGGUGUGGAGAUGGGGAAGAGGAAUGAAAUUUUUGUAGAUGUGAAGACGAAGGAGGAUGGACAGGAAAUCGAAAAAGUGGUUUUGAGUGGAGAGGCGGUCAAGGUUAUGGAAGGAACUUUGGAGGUUUAAGGGGAGGGUUGUAUGUUUCUAGGUCUGAGAAUAUGGGGGAUGAAUAUUGAUAUUCGAAUUCGACUCAUCACUUCAUUCUCGCAGGCUACCCUACCCCACGUCGACAAUUUGAUUGGUCUGUCCAUGAUUUUAAGCAUUUUGUUGCACAUCUUAUUUCGAAAGUGAGAUUAUCUCAAGCGAUCAACAAUAUUUGUUUACUUCUCAUAGUCGGCUCUCGUUAGUAGCCGACUGUUAUCAGUGGUUGUCAUUGGCUAUGAAUAGUGAAUACAGCAUGCUUUUCAAACAUUUCCCA